AUGUCCAAGCCCAAAAACUGGCCCAUCUCCCUCCCAUACCUCAAAGCGCCCCUCCACGGCAAAGACAUCUCCCCAUCCCAAACCCAGUUCCUCCGCACUCAACCCCUCCAUCUUCCCACAGUUCCAGCUUCAUCGCCCGCCACCGAAACGCCCUGCCCGCACGUCAAGAUCCAGGCCAUCCAGGACCCUCUCCAUCCAGCAUGUGGGCAGCGCGGACUCUUCGCCACUAGAAACAUUGCGCCGGGGGGAUUAAUACUGGUGUAUCUCGGACGAUUGCACGGCCGGGCGACGACGAGCGACGAGAGCGAUUACGACUUGUGGCUUGAUCGGGAGAUGGACGUGGCGGCGGAUGCGGCGGGGGAAGGGAACGAGGCGCGGUUUGUGAAUGAUUAUCGCGGCGUUGAAGGUAAAGAGAGGGCGAAUGCGCAGUUUGGAAAUGUGUGGUGCGAGAGAUGGGGGGAGGUUUGUGUGGGAGUUUGGGCGCUGGGAGGGGGGAAGAAGAGGAAGGAUAUGAAGGGGAAGAAGAAGAAUGACGGUGGGGGGAUUAGAAAGGGAGAAGAGAUUCUGGUGAGUUAUGGAAGGGGAUUUUGGGAAGAGAGGAGG